AUGUUAUCUUUCUUGCAGAAUUUGACACCAUCUACUGCAAGUCACAUCACGAAUGGUUCCUCGAAGCCGUUGCCAAAACCCCCCCUGGAAGCUCCAGUUACGUUAGGCAAUAAUAAUCAUUCGGGAUCACAUUCGAUGCCCGAUUCUGGGAUUGAUCCGGAUGAUAUGUCGGUGACAAGUUCUGUCACCGAUUAUCUGAGUCAAAUCGGAGUUACUCAUAAUAAGUACUUCGAUUCGAAAGAUGGCGGUGGUGGUUGCUCAUCUAGGGAACAUUUUACGGGUUACAGGAACGAUGAUCCUGAAAUAAACGAUUUAAUUUAUGCAAAAGUGGAUGAAAUUUUAAGUCCCGCAAGUCGCAUAAAUGUUGCUUUCUCAUCCAACAAUAACAGCUCAUUCAAUAUCGCUGCAUUUUCGAUCGCUUUUCUUUUUUUGGCUUCAUGGCAUACACUAUUUGUUAUCCCAUUUCAGGCCAGUGCGGUAAAUCCCAAUCCAGUACCAACGUUUCGUCCACUCAGCGAAGUGUUGAUGGAUAUGAGGAAGCAGACGCGUAUUGACUGA